UCUAGUAACUAUUAAUUUGAAUGACGUUGACUGCAUUUUAGUUGCUCUGACAUGCAACUUUAUUAACUUUUACACUUCGCAGUGCAACCAUUUUGACUUGACUUGCACUUGCUGACAUGCCUUUCUCUUAGUUUUUAAGUCUCGUAGAUUCGGGCCGCUAAUAUGUCAAAAUAGUGUCUACCUCAUAUUUAAUUAAUUUUGGGCAUGAAUUAUGAAUAAUGUGUUUAAAUUAGCAUAUUCAUAUUUGGAGAAUUCCCUUUAAGCUGUAUAUCAGAUUAUUGCUUACCACCACUAAUUCGAGGCUGCACUACUUCAAUCAGCACUUGAAUCAGUAGUCUUUCCCCAUAUGUAAACUUUAAACGUCUGCUGGAGAUGACAGUCAAACUCUUUCUGAAAUAAGCUGUGAUGUUUUUGUUUGGAUUCUCAAGCAAUGCUUCUUUCAAGAUGAAAAUUUACAGGCCAGUGGUUUUACUGUUUAUUCAGUUUCUCUUGUAUUCACUCAAUGUGUCAAUAGAUGCUGCUGAUUGUAGCUUCAAUGGGUGCUAUGAUUCUCAGAGACGGCCUCAUCCUUGCAUUCCAAGCCCAGUCAACAUGGCAUAUAAGAGGAAUAUUUCAGCAACAAAUACCUGUGGGAGACCUGCUAGUGGGUUCUGUGAACUUGGGCCUGGGGAACAAUGCUUUGAAUGUGAUGCAAACAGCACUACCAAAAGACACCCACCAGAGUAUAUGGUUGACAACAAGGAAUUUAAUAAUCCAUAUUCCUCUCAAACAGGAACUUGGUGGCAGUCUCAAACAUGGUGGGAUACAAACAACCUAGGCCUUUCAAGUCGGUUUAAUCCUUUAAAGGUAAACAUAACAUUGUCUUUUGGCAGAACCUUCCACAUAAGUGGUGGUAUCACUUUGAGAUUUUACAAUGAAAGACCACAGGCCUUGUUCCUGGAGAAGUCUAAAAACUUUGGAAAAACAUGGAGUGUUUUGCAAUAUUUUGCUUUCAAGUGCCCAGAUUCUUUCAACAUGCCUGGAGUAGCAGCUGUCCUCACAAACCAUCCAUUUAAUGUGACCUGCACUGAGGAUUAUAGUGGGCAAUACCCACCAAGGUAUGGCAAGGUGGAGUACAGAUUUGACGCACGGUAUGAACCAGGUUGUGGUUACUUUGAUCAAGACAUGCAGAACUUCAUGCUUGCAACAAAUGUACGAAUCAGGCUUGUGUACCCACCCACAGAUGGGCUUGAAAAUAUAUUUGAGAAUGAGGGCACUCUCAACAAAUACUAUUACGCCAUCUCAGAUAUUGUGAUUACAGGACGGUGCAACUGCAAUGGCCAUGCUAAAUAUUGCACUGGACCAGUCAUGCAAGAAACAUGUGAGUGUGAGCACGAUACUAUGGGAGAUGAUUGUGAAAUGUGCAAGCCACUAUUCAAUAAUCAUCCAUGGAUGCCAGCUAAUGCCAGCCAUGCAAAUGAAUGUCAAGAAUGCCAGUGCAAUAACCAUGGAUUGUCCUGUGAGUACAACAAUACUCUGGGUCAUGGCAUUUGUACUAGUUGUCAACACAAUACUGAAGGGCAACACUGCGAGAAGUGCUUACCAAAGUACUACAGGAAUAUGGAUGUAUCAAUAGAGGAUCUCAAUGCUUGCAUUGCUUGUGACUGUUUCCCAGAGGGUAUUACAAAUGAUGGGACAUGUCUGCAGGAAGCUACACCCACAAAGCAGCUUGGGCAGUGCCAGUGUAAGAACAACGUGUUUGGACGGCAGUGUGAUCAGUGUAUUCCAGGUUACUGGGGAUACAGAGGAAAUCCACCUGGAGAAUGCAGAGCCUGUGGGUGCAAUACUCUUGGUACAGUUAACAACACCAUACAGUGUGACCAGUACACAGGAGACUGUCCAUGCAAGGGGAGUGUCCAAGGCACAUACUGUGUGGAGUGUAAAGAUGGCUUUUACUUUUUUCCAAUUACGGAGAAUGCAGAUUGUUUGCGGUGUCCCUGUGAUUUAGGUGGGGCUUUCCCUCAGUGUGACAAAGUGUCAGGAACUUGUUUCUGUCGUCCUGGACUUGAAGGGAGCCAGUGUGAAAGAUCUCAGCGAGAGCACUUUUAUCCAGCAUUGGACUUUGUCAAGUUUGAAGUGGAAGACAUGGAUGGCACCUUCACAACCUUGACUCCCUCUGAGGGCCAAGGAAUAGACUUCACUGGCCAUGGCUAUGCCACCCUCCAUCCAGGGCAGUAUGCUCACAUCAGUGAUGCUGAAGUCUUUGCCAGCCAUCAGUUCCAUGUUAUUAUACGUUAUAGCAUUUCAAGGACUUGCACAUUUGGUUUUGGUGCAAAGCUUGUUUUGAGUCUCAGAAGCACCAGUUCAAAUGACAGUGUGGAAUUUGAGGUCUUCGCAGAUGAGCUACAACAAGGUUCAAGACAGGCAUGGAGGUCACCUCAAACUGUAGCACUGCUGUCAGGUGAAAAGAACAACAUCUCACUGAUCUACAACAGCACUGAUGGUGGUGAUUACUGUCCUAUUCUUGUUGAUGCAGUGGUCUUGAUUCCUGAUGUCAGUGCAACUAGGGUGUACACUGAGUCAGGAAGAGACAUUCAAGAUCAGCUGCAGAGCUGUGAACAGGCAGCUCUGUCUCUUGCAGAACAGGAGCCAGCUUAUUGUGAUCAACUGGUGUUUUCUGCUAGUACAGAGAUAUACAAUGGUACUUUGGCAUGUGGCUGUGAUCCCACUGGUAGUGUGAUAGGUUCACAAUGUGAAGCUUAUGGAGGCCAGUGUGACUGUCAGCCUGGUGUGGUGGGUCGUACAUGUGACUCAUGUGAUAAUGGAUUUUAUGGAUUCUCUUCUGCUGGGUGUCAGCCUUGUCAGUGUUCAAGUGCUGGAUCUUUGCAUACUGCUUGCCAUUUAACAACAGGGGAAUGCUUCUGUAAAGAUAACGUUAAAGGCCAUAACUGCGACAGCUGUAAAGAUGGCACAUAUAAUUUGGACACUGCCAAUCAACAAGGAUGUCUGCACUGUUUUGGCUACGGUCGAGCACUCACUUGUACAUCCGCAGAAGGAUUUGUUGCAUCAGCCAUUACAAGCCAUUUUGUCAACAAAACAGUGUUUGAGUGGAUAGUUGUGGACAGAGCAGGUGACGGUUUUCCAUUUGCCAACUCCUCGUAUAAUGGCCUGGUUGUCACUUCAACUGUCACAGUAGUGUACAUCACAGCGCCACCAUUGUUCUUGGGCACACAAUUUAGAUCUUACGGCCAGCGACUUCAUGUCAAAAUGGAUAUAAGAGAUCCGAAUUCUGUGCAAAACCCAUCUCCGGCUGAUGGUGAUGUCAUCCUCGUGAGUGGAGCCAGUGAAGUGGCGCUGAACUUUAUACCCUCCCCUUCUCCCAACGUCACGUCAUAUCACGUGAUACUGGAUGAAACGCAGGUGAUUGGUGAGUCAGUUUCAUCGCUGGAGUUCCAGUCCAUUCUGGCCGAUGUUACAUCACUCAAGGUACGUGCCACGUACUACGCACCCGGGACUGUUACAUUUAAGGAGAUCAACUUAGAGACAGCUGUGGAUGAGCAAGGUGCACCUGAUGGAAAGAGUGUUCGGUUUGUAGAGAACGCAACGUGUCACAUGAACUACACAGGGCUGUCAUGUGAACUGUGCGCGCAAGGAUACACGCGCGAGGUGAAUGGCAGUGGAUCAUUUGGACGCUGUGUUCUGUGUUCCUGUAACAACAGAAGUACAGAGUGUGAUGGAGAGACUGGUGCAUGUACCAACUGCCAAGUGGGUACUUAUGGGGAUCGCUGUCAUCUGUGUACAAACAAUGUGCAGGGGCCUGAGUGCACUCGAUGUAAACCUGGCUACUGGGGGCUGUCAGAGAAUGGCUGUCAAGCUUGUGACUGUCACCCAGUGGGAACCGCACUUGGUAAUGUUACCAUGUGUGACCAAGUGACGGGCCAGUGUGUGUGUAACACAACAGCUAGAAUUGGGGGCAUGCGCUGCGACAGGUGCACAGAAAACAGCUGGAAUACUUCCGCUAGCCUGUUCAGUUGUACAGAGUGCUCUUCCUGCUACUCCUCCAUCCAAGAGGAUAUGGAUUUACUUCGCGCCCAGAUCUCAAGCGUACAGGUUCUUCUCACGGCCCUUAUGAACCAUCCCGCCAUGCUUCACAAUCACACCUUUGUCGAACGCCUGCGUCAGCUUGUUACAGAGUUCAGCGCACUCGACCCUCAGAUCACCAUGGCCAUGGAAGUAGAAAGCAAUUCAACAUCUCAGUGGCUGCGAAUUGAUGCAGCUUUCCUCGAUCUGAAUACAGGGCUAAACGACACGGAAACAACUGCAGUGAAUGAGACACUUCAUUACACAUCCAUUGUAGACGCCAACAAGAAAGCAAUUGAGAGGAUCGUGACGCAGAUUCGUGACGUCAUCAGGGAGGCAUUCCGCUUACUGGACACUCCUAUGAGACUGGAACUAGAGCAAGACGAAGUGCUGUCCAAAUCCCUGUCGCGUGUAGCAGAGCAGUUGGUAAAUCUUACGGACAGUGUGAUACACCAUGAAAAUCGCACUCUUGCAGCUAAUGAGACCAUACAUGCACUUGUUGACUACGCGGAGGAGACAGCGGAAAAUGCCGCUGAAAUGGCGCGAGAAGCCAACGACACACAGGAUCAAGUUGCUACUCUGUUGGAGCCGCUGUAUGAAAACGCUUCAAGGGUAAAUAUGCUUGGAGAACAAACGGUCGCAUUGGUGCUUGGCCAACUAUCGAGUGCGAGCAGAGCGUACAAUGACAGCUUAGCGAUGUUGGAGGAGGCCAGUCAGCCAAACCCUGACAGGAGCAGUGUGUUAGAAGACUUGACAAGGAAAUCAACUGAUGCAAAGACUCUGGCAGCACAUUACCUCAAUCAAACCAGUGACUUGUAUCAAUCCAGCGCGUCUGUGAUAGUUCAGGUCAACACGGCCAUUGAACGAUCGGUUCAUUUGGGUGAGGCGGUACAUGAUGUUGUCUCCAACGGUACACAACAACUGCAGGAAUCCCAAACUACACUAACCACUGCCCAGAUGGCUGUGGAAAGAGCAAGCCGCGUGCACGGACAUGCGCAAAAAAUGCUGGAGGCUGCAAGCAAUUUUGAAACAGAAUCUCAUCGGGCCCAGACUUCUGCAAACAAUUCUCUGCGGACCGUGGCGUCUGCUCGGAACAACGCGCAUCGGAUUAUAACGAAUGUUUCGGCAGUAAAUGAAUCAUCAGCACACUCGCUGUCCUUGGUUACGGAGGCUUUGCGUCUUGGAAUCAUGGUGAAAAAUCUUUCCGUCUCCGAGAAGCAGGUCGUGGAGAAGGCCCUCCGUCGUGCCCACGACUUGAGGAACGAGACUGCUGCGAAUAACAUGGUGGGAAACAAUACUAUGGAAAAUUUCAUGGCCAGAGAAAUAGAACCAGUGCAGAAGCUCUGCCAAAAUCUGUCCACCAUGGCUUCUAAUAUGUCGAACAGCAGCGAAGCACUUCUUGGGAGAGCCGCCCAUGCAAACAACACUGUCCAGUGGCUGAUUACUUUGACCAGGCGCCUGAUGAACGAAAGUUCUGAUUUGCCACGAGUCAGUGUGGACAGUCUGCCCACUCUCAGGGGAGAGGUGAGUUCAGCAAGACAACAACUUGACGGACUGCAGCUGGAGCCGCAGCUAGUGGAGUUACGAGGAGAGCUUCAUCUGCAGAAGAUGAAGGUGGCAUUGUAUAAAGAGCGGAUUCGCCAGCUUCGGUCUGAUAUUUCGAAAUAUAGGGACUUGCUGAGGUCGAUACCUUCCGUAUCGCCUUGCUAAGAGCCUAGAAAUUGCUGAAAUACUCGCCGUGUAUGGGUAUAAGAUUUUAAACGUUUGGCAUUCUGUUGGAAGAAUGAUAUGUAUAAUAGGAUUGAAAUUCAAAGGCUAUUAACUUUAACGCAACAUUUAUGAUCUAGCUAGGAAUCUAACGCCAUUGCUAAACAGAGCACGGCUUGGGGUUUUGCAACUAUAAAGAAAACAAAACUACUGGAAUUUUAAAAUAUUACCCAUUAUUACACCAACGGGAAUUUUGCAGCUCUAAAGAAAACAAAUUACCAUUUAAAGGAGGUAACCAAUAUUGUAACCAAAAAUUGUAGCUGUAAGGAAAAUUAUCAAUCCGUUUAAAGAUUGAAGAGUGUUCCAGGGCAGAGUUUAGUACAGGAAAGUUAGAGUUAGAGUUAUAGUUACUAGAAUACUACAGAUUUGUGAUUUUUUUGAGCUCAAGUGGCUUCGGAAACUAACGUAUUCGUAACCAUGUAAGCAGGAAAAGUAGACUGCAAUAAAUUGUACCUAAUCAAGGUAGUAAUUGGAGUAACUGAUUUACUCCUGCAUGGCAAUACUGGUGUUUCUGAUUUUUCUUGUGAGGUUUGUUCGCAACACUGCUUGCCUAUUUAGCUAUUUGCAUAAAGUUCGAAUUUCAAGCCUGUGGGCUUUCUUUUGAUGGUUCGAGCAAAGCUGGAGCAGUGAUUGACUUUAAAAAGUUCUACUGAAGUUUAAGAACGAGUAAUUUAUUUUGCAUUGUCAUAGUUUCAUCUGGUUCUUUUUGUUGUUGUUUCUUAAUUGUCAUUAUUAUUAAGUUUAUGUAAUCUAUUAAAGUGGAUUUUUACUUCUAAGACUUUGUAAGUUUGCUGCUAAAAUGUACAGUGAAUAAAAAGCACUGAAAAAUGUACCAGUAAUUAUUCUUUUGCUGCUUUUUUGAGUUUUUUGUUUUGUUUCUUUUUGACUUUAGUGACCUUAGAGACUGGUUUAAAGAAUCUUUCUUAUCCACUCGAAAAUAAAUCAAAACCGAUCAUGACACGUUCGCACACGUUUUCACGUUUUCAGUAUUCAAUAUUCUUUUCGUCUCCAAAUUACCGUAGUUUGGCUGUAAACCAGAAAUACUUUCUUUACUUUAUGCUUAGUUCCUUGCCUCCGAGUGGGGGAUAGGGCCGGUGUUUACUUUAUGCUUACACCUAAUUUGCCGUGAUGUUUCGGGACGCGUUAAUGUUACAGUAGCGAAUCCCUAAGUAAAAAAAAUUACGAAAAUUCGAAAGUAAUGGGAUCGUUACUUUGAUUUCGGAACUUUACGCUGUAUAUUCAUUAUUUCUGGCGGUUGCAACUUGGAAAGUGGAUAUGUCUUACUAUUUUCAACGUCUGACUCACUGACUCACGAUUUCUCCCUUUUGGCAUCUCUUACAAAACACUUUGGGGAGACGCUCAAUACGUCCCCAACCGUAGUCGUGUAAACAAUGUUUUUUUUUUUUGACUUUUUCCAAACGGCACAGAACAACAGUUUGUUUAAUAACCCGAUUUACUUGAUCUUAAAGUACGUUGGUCUAUGUUUUUAGCGAAGUCUA